CACAGGUUCGUCAAUUUUUUAAACGCAAUGGCAUUCUGCACAGAGCUGUGGAUGUUUGCAAUACUGGUGCUCUCCGUGCUGGGGCAGAUCAAGCACAUAGAACCUCUUACGAUGUUGGAUGGAAACUCCACAUCUGUCAUCCGGAGAGAGAUCCUGGCGUGGCGAAGAGAAGCGCACCAGAAAAAAGAAGACGAGGCCUUACGGUCAAAAGACCCAAGGGGUUUGAAGAAGCUGUUCAACGAAGUCAAGAAAACAGGACCAAGGAGUACUGCGACUAUUGCCUUUUAUCUUUUUCAUGAUUCAGCUGUUGCCGUCAGCAAGAAUGGCAGAGUGCAAUGUGUUUUGGAGCUGGAACGAUAUUUCAACGAUCGCUAUUUCAAUUCUAUUGCAUUGCCUGCGGAGGAGUUCAGAUCCCAUUGGUUGGAAGCUUUGCAAGUGGUUCGAUCUCGCUGCGACUGUGAUGAUGGAAUAUUUCCGAAGUAUUUUCAAAAUGCAAUUGUAGUUGGAGCCAACAAUGAACACACAGCAAAGCGGGUGCAGUUUCCCAACAUCGUGGAGGAGGUCCUUAAGAUAGGGCAUUGGCAUGUUGUGGAUCAUCAUGCAGCACAUGCGGCUUUGGCUCUCUAUGGCUCUUCGCUUCGCUCUGCCAUUGUCUUGUGUUAUGACGCCCAAAGCGUCGCCUAUUACGGGCGAGGCAUGGAACUGAGGGAGCUGGGGGAGCUGCACUGGAACUUUGCGCACUACAAGAGUCUGGCCGUGUUCAUGCCGGAGGUCAGCGGCCUCCCUGAGGCAAACACCAUGUUAUGUGAAAUGCACCGAGACAAGCUGAAUUCAUCUAGCACGGAAUGGGUUGAUAUUCCCAGAAUACACAUGGGCAUUUCGCUAGCGCUUGGAUUUGCUGGCAAGCUCAUGGGAUAUGCAGGGACGGCAAACGCAACAGAUCACAUGACUUCAGCUGUGGCAAAUUAUUUUAACUACGUCUCGCGCUUCGCUUCUGGUGUCUUGGAAACGAAACCUCAUAAAUCGAUCCCCUUGGAGAUCACCAAGGUGUUAUGCGGGCCAGAAGAAGGUCACCGAUCUCUCGCUGCCUCCAUUCAAAAAGCAUGGGGAAAGAUGGUUUUGGACGCGAUGCAGGAUAUCAUGAAAAGCACCAACGCCGUGGAAACUGUUGAUGGCAUUAGCUUAUCUGGUGGUUGUGCCUUGAACGUUGUGGUGAACCAGGAGCUUUACGAGAAACUGGACGCUGCUGAGACACAAAGUGAUGAGAUCGCACCUUUGGCAGUCCAUGUGCCAGUUGCGCCAAACGAUGCGGGUCUCACUGUGGGUGCCUUAUGGGCCUUUGAGCCUCCAAUGAGGCCCCAAGCGCUUCAGUACAAGGGCUUCCGGCUUUUUGACGAAGACAUUUUGGAUUCAGAAGCUGAAAAACGAGGCGCACAGCGCAUCUCGCAGGUGGGUGGUGUGAACUAUGUGGCAGAGCUUUUGGCUGGUGGCCCUGCAUGGACUUUGUCUCGAACUUCUUCAAAAAAGGCCAAGCCCAUCAUUGCAGUGGUCAGAGGUCGACAGGAGUUUGGUCCACGAGCAUUAGGUCACCGAUCCCUAUUGGCGGUGCCGGAUUCUAUAGAGAUUAGAGAUCGCUUGAAUCGAGUCAAAGCUCGGAAGUGGUAUCGCCCGGUGGCACCAAUGAUUGCAGAAGAGGCUUUACAGCGAGUCUUUGGGAAACAGGUGCAUUCACCCUACAUGUCCAUGGCCCCAAAAGUUCAGGAUGAGGUGCGAGCCAAAUUCCCGGCUAUGGUGCACUUUGACGGCACUGCUCGUCACCAGUCCGUCAGCAAGAACGACGAGCCCUGGAUUCACUCACUGCUCCAUGCUGUUGCUUCGUGGACCGGACUUGCAGUGUUGAUCAACACGAGCUUCAACUCGAAAGGAGAUCCGAUUGUAAACACUGUCAAAGAGUCCCUCCGGAUGCUGGAUGAAUUGCCAGAUCUAGACUAUGUUAUCAUUGAAGAUUACCUUUUCAAGGCGCCAGCAAUAAAGAAGACACCAAGUCGACCAACGGAAAGACCUUUGGGAAUUCGGUCAUUCUAGAUAAAAAA